UUUUUUUAUUGCUCUUGAAGAUAUUUAAAACAUAAAAGCAGCUGUUCAAUAUUAUAUUCUAUUGAAAAAAUCAAGCUGAUGGGGAAGAGAAGGUUUCAGAGAGCAAAGGAACCGUCAUCAGUGACGGCAACGGGAGCAAAAGCUUCAUCUCCGCCGGAGUCUCAAACGACACGGAGACGAAGAGGAAGACCAAGGAAGAAUCUUGAGAACCCAGAAGAUUUCAAGAAAGAAGAAUCCGAAGAAGACGAAGAUUACGAGGAGUACGAAGAUGAAGAAGAAGAUGAACAAGUUAAGAUUAUCAACAGAGAGAAACAGAAGAAGAAAGUUAGGAGUAGCAGUAGUGUCGAUGAAGGGCAAAAGUGGAAACAGGAAGACUUAGCGGAGGAACAGGAGGAGGAGAUGAAGCCGGAGAUGAAGGUGAAGACGGUGGCGCCGCCGUCAUUUAGACGGUCGAGGAGGAAAAGCACGCCGGUGAAGAGCUGGUAAAUUGUUAGCACCAUAUCAGUGGAGUUUUUUGAUUUUGCGUGUUCAUGGAUUAACAGUUGUUGAAUUUUAUAAAUUAACUAAAAACCCUCAUGGGAAAAAAGAAAAUCUUUGAUUUUUAAUUUCUCGGAUAUCUUAGUUCAAAACAAUAAUUUUUUUCCGUCCAUCUCAGUCAGUGUUAUAUUUUUGGUGAAUUAAAGCUAUUUCCAGUG